AUGAACGCCACUUUCCGCAUGAAGGUCAGUGAGCUGCUCGAGCCGGGGUCGCCCGCCGUGGGCAACCAGAGCCGUGGGCAGCCUUGGGAGGAGGUGGAGGUCUCGCCUGGUGGUGGAGCCAACACCAGCCUGCCUGGCGAGGAGGUCUUCCUGCUGCCCACGUUCUCCACUGCUGCCAAGGUCCGGGUAGCCAUCACUUUCGUCCUCUUCCUCUCCUCGGCCUGCUUCAACAUCGCCAUGCUGUGGACCGUCACCCAGAAGUACCGCAAGAGGCCGCACAUCCGCAUCCUCAUUGUCAACCUGGCCGCAGCCGACCUGCUGGUGACCUUUGUGGUGAUGCCCUUGGACGCAGCCUGGAACAUCACGGUGCAGUGGUAUGCGGGCGACCUGGCCUGCCGGGCCCUCAUGUUCCUCAAGCUGGUGGCCAUGUAUGCCUCAGCCUUCAUCACCGUGGUGAUCAGCCUGGACCGCCAGGCGGCCAUCUUGCACCCACUGAGCAUGGGCGAUGCCAAGAAGAAGAACAAGACCAUGCUGUGCGUGGCCUGGGCCCUGAGCGUGCUGCUGGCACUACCUCAGAUGUUUGUCUUCCACGCAGUGAGCCGCUCUCAGCCCAUCUACUUCAUCCAGUGCGCCACGGUGGGCAGCUUCCAAGCCCACUGGCAGGAAACCCUCUACAACAUGUUCACCUUCUCCUGCCUCUUCCUGCUGCCGCUGCUCAUCAUGGUGCUGUGCUACUCCCGCAUCCUCAUCGAGAUCUCCGGCAAGAUGAAGAGAGCUUGCGUCUCCUCCAAGGAGGUCCACCUCCGCCGCUCCUACAACAACAUCCCCCGGGCCAGGAUGCGCACCCUGAAGAUGUCCAUUGUCAUCGUGCUGACCUUCGUCCUGUGCUGGACUCCCUACUACCUCCUGGGCCUCUGGUACUGGUUCUCCCCAGAGAUGCUGAGCCGGAAGAAGGUGCCUCCAUCCCUCAGCCACAUCCUCUUCCUCUUCGGCCUCUUCAACGCCUGCCUGGACCCCCUCAUCUACGGCCUCUUCACCAUGCACUUCCGCAGGGAGAUCCGGCGCGUCUGCCGCUGCACCCACCACAGGAAGGAGCAGGCCUCCACGCCGAUUGGCUCCUUCCGGGCCUCCACCACGGCCGCGCCCAUCAGGGGUGCCGGAGAGGACCAGGGGGGCUCGGGCAAGUAUGAACUGGAAGUGACGGCUAAUGUGGCCCUGCCUGCUGGGAGGUGUGAACUGUGCAGGAAGAAGAUAGUGGAGAGCUUCAUAUGA